AUGGUUGAAGUUGUAGAUGCACUCGUAUUUCUUCACCUCGUUGAUCAAUUGUUCCCUCAAAUUGGUUUCUAACAUGGCUGCAAAGCCUUCAGAUGCAAGCAGCGCGAGUUCUGCGUGAGCGCAGACUUGAUGUGCGACGGUGUAGACCACUGCGCCGACGGCUCCGAUGAAGACACUGCCACACUCUGUCCCGAGAGCGGUGGCGCCGGCGUAGGCAGCACGUGGGUGCUGGCUGGCGCGGGCGGUGCACUGCUUCUGGCACUGCUGGCGGCGAACGCUAAACAUGAUAGUGUUGGUUGCGUCAUCGCUCAGUUGGCAGCCCUGGCUCGUCCAGGCGGCCCGGUCGGGCCCGCAGGGCGGGGGCCCCGUACCUGCCCCCCCCCCAGUCGCACGCGCCGGCUCAACAAUGGCGGCGGUCUAUCCGAACGUAAUCUAUGUAUGUACUACUACCUGAUUUAG